CUUCCCUUUCCAACACCUUAAUUAAUGGCGCCCAUACAUGGCUCCAAAACACCCCCUGUUUCCCUCCCCCAUUUAUCUCCUCCUCAGCACCUCUCCUCGCUUCCUCCACGACUCCUUCCAUCGUUGCACGCGCCCUCCUGUUCCUAAUUUCCUAUGCUAGAUCUUCUUUCUUCCUCCAGCCUACUAGGUCUUCUCUCAGCCGCUGUUUGAUUGGCGACCGAAGAGUUACAUAGAUAGCCCCUCACUUCUUCUUCUGUCGAUCGAGCUGCGACUAUCAUCCAGAGCUAGCAUAGCUCAUAGGCGUACGUACAUCAAAGGUUGUAUGUUGGCGUGCUAGAUGGUUGCUGAAGCGGUGGGGUUCAUGUCUCGAGCGGUUGACGGCGGGAUGGCGGCGGAGCUCGUCACGCGGGACUUCCUCGGCGGGUGCACCGCCGCCGACGACGCCAGGGACGCAGCCAACGUGGUGGCCGGCAAGUCGCCUCUGCAGAAGCACGCUUGCCCGCAACCGACGGCCAGGGAUCUCAACCUAUUCCCCGUGUCCGGCACGACCAUACCGGCGGCGCCGACGACGGCACCGGCAGCAGCAGCAGACGCGGCGGCCUCCACCACGACGUACCACAGCGUGUGCACGAUCGAGAAGGUGAAGACGGCGCUGGAGCGGUUCGAGCGCGGCAAGCAGGGGCAGGGGCAUCAUCAUCAACAGCACAGCGGCGCCGGAGCCUCCCCGUCGUCCUCGUCCGUGACCACGUCCUCCGUCAAGCGCCGCGGCGACGGCGGCGGCUCCGUGGAGCAGGGCGACGGCUGCGACUCCCCGUCCGCCAGCGCCAGCGCCAGCGGCGGGAUGGUGGCCGCGGCGUGCCCGCGGUGCUUCCUGUACGUGCUCAUCUCCCGGAGCGACCCCCGGUGCCCGCGCUGCGAGUCGCACGUGCCGCCGCCGCCCCAGGCGCCGGCGCCCAAGAAGAAGCCCCGGAUCGACCUCAACGUCGGCUUCCUCGGCACCUAGCUGGAUGGACGCGCGCACCGGCGCACGUAAAAAGUGACGUAGCGGAGCCAAGAAGAAGAGCAAGUAGAGACGGUUGGCAUCCUCGGUCGGCGCAGAUAGGUUGCUGUGGGCUGGGUGAUCCGAUUUGGCCAUGGCGACCAGCAACAAGUGCGGCGGCAUGUUCCACCGACUGAUCCCGGUACAUAGGGGAGGUGCUCCUGAUUUUGGCUUGUUUAUUUUCAGUUUGCUACUACUACUAGUAUGGCCUCCGCAGAUCCUGUCAGAAAUCAACGAAUCAAUCAAUCGAACACUCCAUACAACAUGAUACUACUACUAGAACCCCCAUAAUUGAUCGAAGCAUUUGUGCCAA